GAUGGUGAGGGCGGCUUGGGCGCGCUCGGAGCUGCUGUCGGGGGGCCCCCAGGAAGGGAUGCGCUCCAGCCCGGACGGCAUUGCCCAACGCUCGCUCACCCGCGCGGCUGCUGCUGCUGCUGCUCCUCCUUACCUUUGAGGCGGACGCGGGGAAAAGGAGAGCGGCGGCUUGAGGCGGCGGCCGGUGAAUCAAGCCGGGAAGGAAAAAAAAAAAAAAAAAGGCACGGAGAGCCCGCUCGGCCCCCUGCCCAUCGCUUCCCCGAGCCCGGCGCGGCGCCGUCCGGCUUCCUUGUGGCGCAGGAGUUCGAGGUCCUCCUGCCUGCUCGCCUCCCCCGCCGCCUUCCAGCUCCAUGAGCCGCCAGCUGGAACCCCGCAGCCCCGCCGCGCUUCUGCACUCGCCGGCGGCCGCUCCCCGCUGCCGGAGCGCUCCUUCCAAGCGCCUGCUUUUGCACGACGCCGCCGCCGCCGCCAGCGAGGAAGCGCCGGCCGCCGCCAAGUGCGCCCGCCUGGCCGUCGAUUACACCAGCGCCGUCCCUCAGGAUUGUCUCAGCGCGCCCGGAUCGCCUUGCGCUCCGGUUCCGCCGGCUCCUGCCGGCGAAGGUUCGCUUUCCAGCGCCCAGGGACCCAGCUUGGUGGCCGGCUACCUUUUGUUACCCUUGCUCGACCGGGAGCACGUUUCGAGGGCGCUCGACAUCAACACCGGCCGGGAGCUGCGUUGCAAGGUCUUCCCUCUCAAACACUACCAGGACAAAAUCAGGCCUUACAUCCAGUUACCAUCACACCGAAACAUCACUGGGAUUGUGGAGGUCAUCCUCGGAGACACGAAGGCGUAUGUCUUUUUCGACAAGGACUUUGGUGACAUGCAUUCCUACGUUAGGAGCUGCAAGCGCCUGCCGGAGCAGGAAGCCGCUAGACUCUUCAAACAGAUUGUCUCUGCAGUGGCUCACUGCCACCAAUCAGCCAUUGUGCUGGGGGACCUCAAACUCAGGAAAUUUGUGUUUUCUAAUGAAGAAAGGAUGCAGCUGAGACUGGAAAGCCUGGAAGACACCCACAUCAUGAAAGGGGAGGAUGAUGCUUUGUCAGACAAACACGGCUGUCCAGCAUACGUCAGUCCGGAAAUCUUAAAUACAACAGGAACCUAUUCCGGGAAGUCGGCUGACGUUUGGAGCUUGGGAGUUAUGCUGUACACUCUCCUAGUAGGACGGUAUCCCUUUCAUGACUCGGAUCCUACCGCCCUCUUUUCCAAAAUCCGGCGUGGACAGUUCUGCAUCCCUGAGCACGUCUCUCCCAAAGCGCGGUGCCUCAUCCGCAGCCUCCUUAGGCGAGAACCCUCUGAAAGACUCACCGCUCCGGAAAUUUUGCUCCAUCCUUGGUUCGACGCUGUUUUGGAAUCUGGGUAUGCCGACCAGGAUAUACGGAUCUCUGAUCAAGUGGUCCCGGAGCAACUGAAGGAGGACGAUGAUAUGAGCUUCUUCUUUUGCUAGCUCCGCCGACUCCCUUUGCCUCGGGGACGAGAGAAUGUUGCUCUUGCGUUCCGCGUUUUGUGUGUGUGUCCGUUUUUGUGUGUUGGUGCACAUGUGUGUGUCCAUCUUGUAAAUGCAUCGCUUUCCAAAAGCCUUCCUCUGCUCAGGAUGACUGAGACCUCAAAUGCACUCAUCCCACAGGUGGAGGGCCUCUUUAUCUUCUCCCACGUCCACCUGGAAAGCUUCCAGAAAGUUUGAAAUCCUGGCUUGCUAAAUCUAUGGGUUCUUCCUUGGUGUUUGGGGGACUCUGCCAUCCAUUCCAGUGCAAGCGUGCUUGCUGAACGUUUGAACUAGAAUCUGGAGAAACAGCAAGCUAAUGUUGGAUUUCAUUGGAAAAUCAGAUUGCUUUAGCUGGAAUUUGAAGUACGGGCAAGUCCUUGACUUAUAGCCAUCCACUUAGUGACCAUUUAUAAAGUUACAACUUUAUAAAGGGGGGGGGGGAAAUGACCUAGGACUGAUUGUCACACUUAACAACAGCAUUGCAGCAUUCCCCACAAUCACGUGAUCAAAAUUUGGCCACUUGACAACAUGUAUUCCUGAUGGUUCCAGCAUCCUCUGGCCUCAUGUGGGGUCACCAUUGGUGAACUUUCCAGCCAAACACAGUCAACAGGGGAUGCCGGAUUGGCUUAACAACUGCUUAAUGCUCUUUACAAGCAGAUUGUAAAAUGGAGUGUGACUCACUUAAACAACUUGCCUUGCUUAGCCGUGGAAAUUUUGGGUCUCGGUUGUGGCCAUAAGUUGAGGACUUCCUGUAUAAAUAUUGCAGCCUCUGUUGCUUUCCUUCUUUCCUUCCUCUUCAUAGAAAAGAGCUUUUGAGCUCCCUAUGCCUGUUCACAUCCACAUGGCCUGGUUUUGCUGCCCAGUUUACUGUUACAGCCAUGGCAGAAGUGCCAGAGGAUUCUCCUGCCUCCAGUCCAUCACAUGGAGAUGACAGGAUCGCCAGCUGGCCUUUGAUUACAGAAUCUUUUAGCUGGUGAUGUAAGAGCGAAAUGCAGCUGAGGUUCUUAACGAAGCUGGGCAGAUUACAGGUUAACAGAGUUAUAAGGGACCUUGUAAGUCAUCUAGUCCAACCCCCUGCCCAAGCAGGAGAGCCUAUACGCCAGGCAGGACCAGGACAUGAUCCCAGUGCUAGAAAGAUGGGUUGGCAUGUAUAUAUAUAUAGAUGUGGAUAGGAGUCUGACAAUGAUUUUGAAUAAUCCGUUUCCCUCACGUGGCUCUCGUUAUCUUUCAGGCCAGAGUCCAAUGGUUGUUUUGUUAGUUUCUUAGACAACAGAAAGUCCAACUUGAAUGUUUCGAUCUUCAAGGCAACAGGCUGUGUAUCCCAGUCUUGCAAAACCUGUUGAUCUUAGAGGCUUUACAGUUCGAAACCCAACUUGGUUAAUCCAGACUUAAGGCUGCUGCUUAGCCUUUCAAGAGAGCUGUCGUUGAAGGGACAAAUCCGGCAGCUAAAUCUUUUGUUAUUUUGACCUGCAGAGCCUUUGAUAAUCUAGAAUUAAGUGCCCUUGAGAGGCUGAAUACAGAGACUUGGUCACUUUGGGGGUGUUUGAGGCCUGGUUUCCACAGAUGUCAAUGCCUUGCAUUGUGGUGCCAAUCCCAAAGGUGCCAAACUGCUUUUAGCUUCCAGUGUUUUCUUUUUAAAAAAAAGAAAGUUCAGAGCCAUUAAAAGGAAUAUCCCUGGCUUUAGGAAAAAGACCCCAGUCUCUCCAUACGUAACAACCUCAGUGGACCUCCUAAAAUGGCUUCCGUGCCCUCUGAGUGAAGGGGCUCUCAGCGCUGUUUUGGCAGCUAUAUUCUUGAAUAUCCAUGGGAUUUUAACCCCGAAAAGCAGACAGAUAUAUGCCCCUAGUGAGGGAGGGAGGGUCUCCAGCCUUGGCAACUUUUAAGACUGGUGGACUUCUACUCCCAGAAUUCCCCAGCCAGCUUGCCUGGCUGGGGAACCCUGGGAGUGGAAGUCCACCAGGUUCUCCUCUCCUUAGAACAGUACAUUUAGCAACCAUUUGAAAAUUACAACUGCACUGAUAAAAAAAACAAAAAGGGGGGGGGGGGAAUUACAACGGUUUGUCACGCCUAGGAAUGUUGCGGCAUCCCCACGCGAUCAAAAUCAAGAUGGGGAGGGGCAAAACUCACUGUCUCACUUAGCAACAGAAACAUUUGGGGCUCAGCUGUGCUGGUAAGGCAGAAGGGCCGCCCGUAUUUGAUAGAAAAGGUGAAGCCGGCCUUUCAACUUCUUCCAUGACUCAGCAGUCGAACAGAUGGGGGUGCGCAUGUGACUUGACAAUAGCGCACUGUUUAUAUGUUGGUGUCUUUUAAGUACAAGUGUUAGCCAAGGGAGGAUCUGUGUAUGCUUACCAAGGUGUGACACGUUCACACCCUCUGACAUCGCCAGCAAAACGGAGUUCCAGGAAACAAACAGAAAAGGGCUUCUAUCUCCAACUCUGGUUUUGUCACCCAAGUAUGCUAACAACCCAAGACCAGAGGCCUCCAAACUUGACCACUUUGAGACUUGUGGACUUCAACUCCCAGAAUGCCUCAGCCAGCCUGCCAGCCCUUUUUGCUGGCGAUGUCAGAGGGUGUGAAGGGCAAUUUGGUAAACAUGGCUUGCUGAGGCAUUCUGGGAGUUGAAGUCCACUAGUCUUAAAACUGCUGAGUUUGGAGACCCCUCGGCCCAAGACCACACCCGCAGAGAAUCCAGUCAUUCCAGAUAACACUUUCAAAGCCCAGUCUUGGCUUUUAGAUGCCAAACGUUAGCGGAAGCCAUCAAUUUUAAGCAUGCUUUCUUAAGCAGUCAUGUGAAAGGGCCUGUUUCUGACCUUGCUUGGUUCUCUUGUAUCUGUGGAACUGGGUGUUGCUCUCCAAACAGCCUCAACAUCCGAAUACAAAACACACCAGCUAAGGGUGGGGUGGCCUAACCUGAGAAUUGAAGAUAAGCUGUAUCUCGUUGUGUAGACUGAAAGGCAGUUGUGUUUUGGCUUUUUGUGCAAGUGUGUGAUGCAAUGCACUGGCUCCCUCUGUUCUUGCCCAGGAGCUCAACCAGGAAGCAAUACCAGCGUGUUUUCCUUUUGACUUUGCCAACUCUAAUCUAUAAAACUCUCCUUUCUUCUGUCUUCUGCGUUUUCGUUUCUUUCUGGCUGUAAGAGAUGGUCCUAUUUUAAUUUGUGAUCCAUAAUUAAUGGAUCUUUUGCAUAAGCAUUAGCUUCCCGAGUGGGAUAAUGAAGUCUUUGACAUUGGUGUUAAUUCCUGUUAGUGUAAAAACAGGCUCUCGUUGCUGAGUUGUAGCUCAUCCAGACAGGAAAAUUUGAAAGAAGCUUGUGAUAAUUGGAAGAUAAGUUGGUUUCUUUUGCUGUCGAUAAUCGCAGUCCAAAAUAAGCUGAAUCUGUUGUGGGCAGGCUUGUGAGUGUGUCUGUGCAGAAUCCACAAAGAGCAUGUUUGAUGGGAAAGCUCUUAGCUUACCAGGACUUUCAAGAACUAAAACUACAACUUCCAGUAUGACUGGUGGUGAGGCAUGCUGGGAAUUGUAGUUCAGCUAAAUGUGAAAGGCCUUAUAUGCUGGAUAAGACCGCACUGUAGACUAAUGUAGCUUUAUCUUUCAAGUUACAAUGGGAAAUGUAGUUCCAUGAAACCAUUGCGGAUAAUAAGUGGCAUAUAAUGACUGCAAUAGCCGUUUCUUGGAGACAGAGCUGAAAAAGCGAUAGUGAGGUUUUAAAAUCUCAUGCGAUACUAUUUCAAGGCUUUUGCAAAAAUAAAUAAAUAAGUAAAAGGGCUCCCAAGAUUCAGUAUGCUUAAUCUCCAGUGUGCGUCCUAUGCAGUGUUUUGUCACCGAGUUCUAUUUUUCUAAUUUAAUAACUAUGGUGUGUGUGCCCUAAACAAACCUGAGUUAGCAAGGAGCAGAUUAAAUGUGAAUGAUGGCUGGCAAUACUAACUUGAUAAAUCAAGAUAAUUAGAGGUGAAAAGUUGUUGACCUUAAUUGCACUAAGGCUCUUAUGAUUGCUUUAAUAUAUUUGUAUCUGUGAUACAGUUUUUUUUUUUUUUUAAAUAUCUUUGGACCUGCCUAUAAAUCUGUAUAUUUUGGUAGGUGGAAAGUUAAUAACACUGUUGAAACUCUGUAAAUAUGUACAUAUUCUGAGGAUUAUCAUGACGAAAGUUGUAAAAUUCCUGUACAAAAAACUUUAAUAAAUCUGGUUUCAUAA